CGUUAUUGGUUGUUGAAACCCAACGCUGAUUCUGAGUUCUCGGGAAAAUCACCAUCGUCCUGGUUUUUGUAAGUAGCGAGUGAUUCAAGAAGGUCACUGUCACUGGUAGGUACCAAAGGCAUCGUCCAAACAUUGCAACCGCCGAAGCCACGAACCUCAAAGGUACCCUCCCCCACCCUGAGGAUAGUAUCCGGUCGGCACCGAAGACUUGCGAGAUCAAGAAGGAAUUGCAAGAGGAGUGUUCCCGAGCAGGAACAUUUUGGCGCCCACCGUGGGGCCGAAACCAGAACGAUUCUCGACCCUAAAGCAAGAUGGUAACGACAAGGAGUCAGCAAGAAAACGUAUCCAACUACCCAUUCGGGAUGCCCCGCGAUACCACUAGACGACAAACUAAUCAGAACGAAGAAGGAAUGGAGGAAUCCUACGUAGAUCGAUCUCAACAACCCAACCCAUCAUCGGCCAUCGAGCAAUUUAAGGCCGAAAUGAUGGAAUUGAAGAGGCUCCGAGAAAAGGACGCUCGCGAAUUGUCAUUACUAAGAAAGGAGAACGCAGAGCUCAGGAGCGACAACCGAUCCUGGCAUCCAUCCCACGGCACCAUGAAUACUCUAUCAACAAGACAUCAGGGGGAGUCUUCGGGGUGGUACAAGGAGACAAAGGCCCCUCGGUCGCCUGGUGGUGUGACGACGACCACUCUGGAUCAACAACGAAGGCAAGGGAAGACGCCUUUCACUCCAGACAUAGCCGGGGCCCGACUGCCCGACAAUUGGAAGAACUUGGCUUUAGAGAAGUAUGACGGAACGGCCGACCCAGAAGAACAUCUUGAUGCUUUCGUCACUCAGGUCAGUUUGUACACUGACGACGAUGCCAUUAUGUGUAAAGUUUUCCCUACCUCAUUGAAAGGACCGGCACUUAAUUGGUUCAUGAGACUCCCAUCCGAAUCGGUAGACUCAUUCACAACCUUAUCUUCCCGGUUCGUGAUACAGUUUGCCACGAGCCGUCCCCAUCAACUUACCUCAAUCGCAUUAGUCAACAUUCGCCAAGAAAAGAAGGAACCCCUGAGAACCUUCAUGGAAAGGUUCGGAAGAAUGACGCUUUCUAUUCGAGACCUAGACCCGGCUGUGGCAAUGCAUCACCUGACCACGGCACUAAGGCCCGGGCCUUUCGUCAAUAGUUUAUGUAAGAAGCCGCCCCGGGACCUGGAUGACCUGAGACAAAGAGCCACCAAGUAUAUGCAGAUGGAAGAGUUGGCCGUGUUCAGAAAUCAGAACCGGCCCGACCUCUCCAUUGGGAAGAAAGAAGCGGAAAAGGAGCACCUUCCAAGGUCUCGCCCUCGAGACGUGCCUGAGAGGGAGAGGAAUAAUAGGGGACCUAGAUACGCACAAUACACGCCGCUUAACACAAGCAGAGCCAAGGUGUUGGAGCAGGCCUUGGCCACAGAAGUCCUCACAGUCCCCCGUCGUGCUAUGACUCCGCCUCACGCGGACAAAACCAAAACAUGCCAAUUUCACAGAAAUAGAGGACACACCACCGAGGAAUGUACAGCCCUCCGAGAUCGCAUUGAGGAUCUUGUUAAGUCGGGCCACCUUCAAAACUUCACCCAAUCCUCAGGUAAAAGGAGAUAUGAUAGCUACCAUAAUAAGAGGGAGCCCGGAAGGGGGAACCGUGAAAGAGCACCUUCGAGGUAUAGAUCACGGGAAAGAAGCAAGUCUCGAGAAAGAAAUGAUCAACAACAAAACCGGAAUCAACCCAGAAGGGUGAUAAACACAAUAGCUGGGGGAUUCGCUGGAGGCGGAGGCACAUUCUCGGCACGAAAGAGACACCUAAGAGCAAUCAGAUCGGUCAACGCAGUAACACGGGUAGGGACGAUCCACAUGCCACCAAUUACCUUCACCAACAAGGACUUCCAGGGUGUCGAUCCGGUGCAAGACGAUCCCAUGGUCAUCAGUGUAGAAAUCAACAAUUGUAUAGUGAAGAAGACGUUGGUGGAUCAGGGAAGUUCAACCGACAUCUUGUAUUGGAAAACUUUCGAGCAGCUGGGUAUACCCGAGCGCGAAUUGACACCUUACAACGAGCCCUUGGUUGGAUUUUCUGGCGAAAGAGUGGACACCCGGGGAACGAUAGACCUAUACACCUACUUCGGGGAGGAACAACAAAAACGAAGAAUUCGAGUACGAUACGUGGUGGUGCAUGCUAAUACCUCGUACAACAUCCUAUUGGGCCGACCCUCCUUAAACAAGCUCCGAGCUAUUGUCUCCACUCCUCACUUAGCUAUGAAGUUCCCCUCUGAAGAAGGAACGGUUAUCACUCUGCACGCCGACCAAAAGACAGCCCGCGAAUGUUACUUCACCAGCCUAAAGGUACAACCAACUCCGAAGCCAAGGCGAGAUGUCAAUGUCAUCGGCAAUGUCUGCCAACAAAGGCCGAUGGUAGACCUAGAACUUGACCUGAGAAUUGAAGGCGAACACAGGGUCAAACCAAUAGAAACAACAAUCCCGUUUCAGCUAGGGAGAAAUGAAGAACAGGUGACUUACUUGAGUUCCCAACUAUCAGAAGGCGAGGCAAGAAGCAUCAAGCAAAUCCUCAUGAAGUACUCGGAUCUCUUUGCUUGGACGGCGGCCGACAUGCCAGGCAUCGACCCAAGUUUUCACUGUCACCGGCUCUCAGUGUGCCGGGAUGCUAAGCCCAUCGCCCAAAAGAAAAGAAAGAUGGGAGGAGAAAGGGCCCAAGCGGUAAAGGAGGAGACAACCAAACUACUCCAGGCGGGAUUCAUUAGGGAGGUCAAAUACUCCACGUGGUUAGCCAAUGUAGUAAUGGUCAAGAAGUCCAAUGGCAAGUGGCGGAUGUGUACAGACUACACAGAUCUAAACAAAGCAUGCCCGAAGGAUGCUUAUCCCUUGCCACACAUAGACGCAUUGGUCGACGGAGCGGCCGGCCAUCAAAUGCUGAGUUUCCUCGAUGCUUAUUCCGGGUACAACCAGAUACCCAUGUAUCAACCCGACGAAGGAAAAACAACGUUCAUCACGGACUCUGCAAAUUUUUGUUACAAGGUUAUGCCGUUCGGAUUGAAAAAUGCAGGGGCCACCUAUCAGCGGCUCAUGGACAACAUCUUCCGCCAACACAUAGGAAAGUGCAUGGAAGUAUAUGUGGAUGACAUGGUGAUCAAGUCAACCUCUACUAAUAACCACAUUCGGGAUCUUGGAAAAAUAUUCGAUGAGGUCAGGCGGCAUCACAUGCGCUUGAACCCGGCAAAAUGUACCUUUGGAGUUGCCGGCGGAAAGUUCUUGGGUUUUAUGUUGUCAAGAAAAGGUAUAGAAGCUAAUCCCGACAAGUGCCAAGCCAUUGUCAACAUGAGAAGUCCACGAAAUGUGAAGGAAGUGCAACGGUUGGCCGGGCGCAUAGCCUCACUGGCCAGAUUCUUACCAUGCAUGGCGGACAAAUCAAGGCCCAUAAUGUCCCUAUUAAAGAAAACUACCAAGUUCCAAUGGACCGAAGAGUGUGAGUCCUCAUUCCAAAACUUCAAGACAGUGCUCACCGCAUCACCACUGCUAGCAAAACCAGACCCUCAAUUAGACAUGAUCAUCUACAUUGCGGUGUCUGACAAGGCCAUCAGCACAGCUCUGGUACAGGAGCGAACAGAACAAAGGCCAAUAUACUUCAUCAGCUGAGUCUUGCAAGAAGCGGAAA